AGCGAAUGGUCCAUGUUGAUGCACUUAUGCCCGAUUUCUUCACCUUCAGAUAACUUGCAGAUAACUUUAUCCUUAAGAUAUCUCCCAAAAUCGGUUUUCUUCACCUUUGUAAAGUGUUUAUCCGGCAGAUAAAAUUAUCCUCUACUUGAAGUAGCGGAUAUCUGGAAGAUAUUGAUUUCAGUGCUUUGACAUAACCUAAAACAUUAAAAGAGUAUGUAAUCGUUGCUGUCUUCAUGAAAAACAGUAAUGGAGUUGCUCGUGGAUAUUAAUAUUUUUAACUGUGAUGAUGAUGAUGAUAAUGAAUUUGUGGAAAGAAGACCAUAUAUAAUAAGGAAUAAACCGAACAAUUUUGAAGUGUGGGAUGACAAAGAAUUUUUCGAUCGAUUUCGUUUGAAAAAGGAUACAGUACUAGAAUUACUGCAUGCAAUUGAAGAGCGAUUGUUAAUACUCUGGAAUAGGUCAAGGUCAUUGACACCAAUUAACCAAUUGUUAUUAACUUUGAGAUUUUAUGCCACGGGCAAUUUUCUGCGUGCCUGUGGUGAUUUUAGUGGAGUAAGCAUUAGUACUGCUUCUCGAGUUGUCGCAAAAGUAUCCAUGGCUAUUGCUUCGUUAUCAGCAGCAAUGAUUAAUAUGCCUCAAUCUAUUGAAGAAAUUCGUACAACGCAACGGGCAUUUUAUGAAAUGUAUAAAUUCCCAAGGGUAAUUGGAUGCAUCGAUGGAACACAUAUUAGAAUACAAUCUCCUGGAGGUGAACAUGCAGAAGAGUUUAGAAAUCGAAAAGGAUUCUUUUCUCUUAAUACCCAAGUUAUUUGCGAUAAUAAUAUGAAAAUUAUAGACAUUGUGAGUAGAUGGCCGGGUUCUGUAUAUGAUGCAACAAUAUUUCAACAUAGUUGGGUGCACCGAAGAUUAGAGGAAGGCGAGUUUCAUUCGGGAAUAUUACUUGGCGAUAGCGGAUAUCCGGUCAAGAAAUAUCUUCUCACUCCUCUUUUGCACCCAACUACUGCAGCCGAAAAUCUUUAUAACAAUGCUCACAUACAUACGAGGAACAUUGUUGAACGAGUCUUUGGUGUUUGGAAGCGUCGAUUUCCAGUUUUAAGUUUAGGUAUGAGACUGAAAAUAGAGACUGUGCAAGAUAUUAUCGUAGCUACAGCAGUUCUACACAACAUAGCCAGAAAUCACAAUGAAGAAGAACCUCCUGCACUUGUGGAUUUGCCUGACGAGGAAAUUGGAAAUAACGAGAAUCAUGUUGAAGUUCAAGUGGGAGACAAUAAUGUCAGACAAGUACUCAUCAAUGAGUAUUUCUCAAGAUUACGGAACUAAAACUCGCCUAACGGUUGCUAUAAGUGGUGCAACAUAAGGUCCAAUAUUAAUUACUGUAAAUAAAAAUAUAAGAACAAAUCUAUUAUAUUAUAAAUUGUAUACUUGUAUUUUAUAUGAAUUAUUACCGAAAUAUACUUACUAAUCAUCCUCAA